AUGCAAGCCACUCUCCUCCUCACUCCAACUCCAGGCGCCACCAACACCACCGUCUUCAAAUCCCUAUUCCCGCCAUCUAAUGGGCCCCACCACCUCAGACCCCAAUUCUCCAUCAGAGCCUCCAUUUCCGAGACUGCCCAAUCUGCACCGUCCAUCGCCGUGGACUCACCACCGCUGACCCAGAAGCUCAACAAGUUCAGCUCCCGCAUCACGGAGCCCAAGUCCCAAGGUGGGUCCCAGGCCAUUCUCCACGGAGUGGGGCUCUCCGAGGACGACUUGAGCAAGCCCCAGAUCGGUAUUUCCUCUGUGUGGUAUGAGGGGAACACUUGCAAUAUGCACUUGUUGGGGCUGUCGGAGGCUGUGAAAGAAGGAGUGAGAGAGGCUGGCAUGGUGGGCUUCAGGUUUAACACUGUUGGGGUCAGCGAUGCUAUCUCUAUGGGGACUAGAGGGAUGUGCUACAGCUUGCAAUCUAGGGACUUGAUUGCUGAUAGCAUUGAGACUGUUAUGGGUGCUCAGUGGUAUGAUGGCAAUAUCUCCAUCCCCGGUUGUGACAAAAAUAUGCCAGGUACAAUUAUGGCAAUGGGGCGGCUCAACCGACCAAGUAUUAUGAUUUAUGGUGGAACUAUUAAGCCUGGACACUUCCAAGGCAAUAGUUAUGAUAUAGUGUCUGCGUUUCAGUGUUAUGGAGAAUAUGUAAGUGGGUCCAUAAGCGACGAGCAGCGAAAGAAUGUUCUCCUUAACUCUUGUCCUGGGGCUGGGGCAUGUGGCGGAAUGUAUACAGCUAAUACUAUGGCUUCUGCCAUUGAAGCUAUGGGAAUGUCUCUUCCUUACAGCUCGUCUACACCUGCUGAAGAUCCAUUGAAGUUGGAUGAGUGCCGAUUGGCAGGGAAGUAUCUCUUGGAAUUACUAAAAAUGGAUUUGAAGCCUCGAGAUAUUAUUACUCCAAAGUCACUACACAAUGCAAUGGUUAUUGUCAUGGCACUAGGGGGUUCUACCAAUGCUGUUUUACACUUGAUUGCUAUUGCGAGGUCUGUUGGUCUGGAAUUAAGUCUAGAUGAUUUUCAGAAGGUUAGCGAUAAGGUUCCAUUUCUUGCCGAUCUUAAGCCUAGUGGCAAGUAUGUCAUGGAGGAUGUACACAAGAUUGGAGGAACACCAGCAAUCAUUCGGUACCUUUUGGAGCAUCAAUUUUUACAUGGGGAUUGUAUGACUGUCACCGGGAGGACACUUGCUGAGAAUGCUGAAAGUUUCCUUCCCUUAUCUAAAGGGCAGGAUAUAAUAAGGCCCUUGGAAAACCCUAUCAAGAAAACAGGCCACCUUCAGAUAUUAUAUGGAAAUCUUGCGCCAAAGGGUUCUGUAGCAAAAAUUACGGGGAAAGAGGGGCUAUAUUUCUCUGGUCCUGCACUUGUCUUUGAAGGAGAGGAGUCAAUGAUUGCUGCUAUCUCAGAGAAUCCUAUGAGUUUUAAGGGGAAAGUAGUUGUUAUUAGAGGCGAGGGGCCAAAGGGAGGACCAGGCAUGCCUGAAAUGUUAACACCAACAAGUGCAAUAAUGGGUGCAGGACUAGGGAAGGAGGUUGCUUUAUUGACGGAUGGUAGGUUUUCAGGGGGUUCGCAUGGAUUUGUUGUUGGCCACAUAUGCCCUGAAGCACAGGAAGGUGGUCCUAUUGGAUUAAUUGAGAAUGGGGACAUCAUCAACGUUGAUGUCGAGAACAAGAGAAUAGAUGUCCAGUUAACAGAUCAAGUGAUGGAAAAACGAAGAAAGAACUGGAUUCCACCUGCAUACAAGGCUAACCGUGGAAUUUUGUACAAGUACAUCAAGAACGUGCAGUCGGCUUCAAAGGGUUGCGUGACUGAUGAGUAA